GUUUGUAAUUGGACGAGAAAAGCCGGGCCAAGUGAGUGAGGUUGCGCAGCUGAUUAGCCAAACUCUAGAACAAGAACGCCGCCAGAGAGAGCUGCUGGAGCAGCAUUAUGCACAGUAUGAUGCAGAUGAUGAUGAGACAGGGGAAUAUGCUACAGAUGAAGAAGAUGAAGACAUGGGACCUGUCCUUCCAGGAGGUGACAUGGCUAUUGAAGUGUUCGAUCUCCCUGAAAAUGAUGACAUGUUCUCCCCCAGUGAUGUAGACACCAGCAAGCUUGCUCACAAAUUCAAAGAGUUGCAAAUCAAACAUGCAGUUACAGAAGCUGAAAUUCAGAAGCUGAAGACGAAGCUGCAGGCUGCUGAGAAUGAGAAGGUGAGGUGGGAAUUGGAGAAGACCCAACUGCAGCAGAACAUUGAGGAGAAUAAGGAAAGGAUGAUGAAAUUAGAGAGUUAUUGGAUUGAGGCACAAACCCUGUGUCACACAGUGAAUGAGCACCUCAAGGAGACGCAAAGCCAGUAUCAGGCUCUGGAGAAGAAAUAUAACAAGGCAAAGAAAUUAAUCAAGGAUUUUCAGCAAAAAGAACUUGACUUCAUCAAACGCCAGGAAGCUGAACGAAAGAAAAUAGAAGAUUUGGAGAAAGCACACCGUGCAGAGGUUCAAGGCUUACAAGCUCGUAUACGAGACUUGGAAGCAGAAGUUUUCAGGCUAAUGAAACAAAAUGGGAGCCAAGUUAACAAUAACAACAACAUUUUUGAAAGGCAGACAUCUUUUGGAGAAGUUUCUAGAGGAGAUCCAGUGGAAAAUCUAGAUACUAAGCAAGUGUCCUGCCUGGAUGGCUUAAGUCAAGAUUUUAAUGAAGCAGUGCCAGAAACAGAGAGACUGGACUCCAAAGCUCUGAAGACUCGAGCUCAACUUUCAGUGAAGAACAAGCGGCAGAGGCCUUCUAGAACAAGGCUGUAUGAUAGCAUCAGUUCAACUGAUGGAGAGGACAGCCUUGAACGAAAGCCAUCAAACAGUUACAGUAGUCCCAUGCACAUUUCAAAAUCACCACUGCCCUUAUGCAUGAGAGCAUCUUCACCAGCAUCAGAUUCUGGUGCUUCCUCCCUCUCCCCUGUGGCUAGCAGUGCAGCAAUCUCACUUGACAACCUAACUGAAAACCAAGAAGAAGAACAGUACCACAAAGGAGGUGUCCUUUCCCCGCAUGCUCGGGGAGACACUCCACUUUCCUCUCCGUCAAAAUCUGGGCACAGCUCUGAAGCAUCUCCUUUGCAUCACCCGGCUGGCAGGAAUAUUUUACAGGAUAAAGAUGGUGCCACAUGUGCUCAGGCAGCAAGAGCAACCAGUCCUACUAUAGGGCAUACAGAAAAACUAAAGCGAAAACUUGCAGAUCUUGGGGCUCCCUUGAGAAGGAGUUCAAACAAGGGCAAGAAGCGGAAAGAGAAAGAAGCUAUUAGGGUGACCUAUGGCAGUAGGACCGCCAGAGAGACGCUGCAGAAAUCAGCAAACACUAAAUCUUUAGCAGAGCGAUCCUAUUCUCUCCCACACUGUGUACCAUUCACAUGGUAUGGAGAGAGUGGCAAGGGAUCCAAUUCUUCCAGCAACCUGCCAUCGCCUACCAGCUCAACUGAAGCUUCCUCUGAAAAUAUAAGUCCAGCUAAAAAAGGGUCAAAGAAUUUCACAUUCAAUGAUGAUUUCAGUCCCAGCAGCACAAGUUCAGCUGAUUUGAGCGGUUUAGGAGCAGAACCUAAAACCCCAGGUUUCUCGCAUUCCUUGGCACUGUCAUCAGAUGAGAUCCUUGAUGACGGACAGUCUCCUAAGCACAGUCAGUGUCAGAGUCGUGCUGUUCAGGAGUGGAGCGUGCAGCAGGUUUCCCACUGGUUAAUGAGCCUGAACCUUGAACAGUAUGCUUCUGAAUUCAGUGCCCAAAACAUUAACGGGGAGCAUCUCCUUCAGCUGGAUGGGAGCAAGCUCAAGGCUCUUGGUAUGACAUCUUCCCAGGACAGAGCAAUCAUUAAAAAAAAGCUAAAGGAAAUGAAAGCAUCCUUGGAGAAAGCUCGCAAAGCUCAAGAGAAAAUGGAAAAGCAAAGGGAAAAGCUUCGGAAGAAGGAACAAGAGCAACUGCAGAGGAAGUCGAAGAAAACAGACAAGUCUUCAUCAGAGGCAACAGAGGGCACUAAUGAGCAGUGA